AUGGGUUCCAAAAGCAACAAGAAUAAAAAGGCGGCAGAUGAUAACAUGGAGGUGGAAGUCCCUGGAAACCGCGUGUUGGGCUGCGAUAACAAUGUAAUUACGGACGAAAGAUUUGCCCCUUCACAGAAGGAUCCCAGGUUCCAGGAUGCUCCAAGGCAUAAAACAAAGUUGGCGAUUGAUUCGCGUUUUAGUCGUAUUUUCACUGAUAACAACUUCUCUACUUCAUAUGCCCGUGUAGAUAAGCGAGGCAGAGCUAAACAAGAUGGCGAUUCAUCUAAAACUGCUCUUAGACACUACUACCGAAUGGACGAUGAAGGAAAGAAACAACGCCAGGUGUCGGAUGAUGCUACAAAGUCCAAAUCAGAACAGAAAUCGGAAACGGAAACUGAAGUUUUUAUGGAUGGUUAUACUUCAACGGAUACAAAUGAAGAGGAUGAAGCUUAUCUGGAGGAGGAAACCAUUGGUUUGCAGAUAGCUGGAGGAGAAUGUACCUGAAAUUGACAAAGAAACUCACAGGCUUGCAAUUGUUAAGUUGGAUUGGAAUCAAGUUCAGGUGAUGAAUAUGAAUAUGAAUAUGAAUACGAAUACGAAGAUGGAAUGGAAAUGGAAAUGGAAGUCACUUUCAACACCGGAUUAGAAGCUCUCAGCAAAAAAACCUAGAAAAAAAAAGACAAAAAAAAAAAAAAAAAAAAAAAAAUCCGAAACAGUUUGGGACACAUCUCUCCGCAAGAAAAAAGCUAGAAAAAAUAAAUCCAUGGAUUCUGGUGUAAAACAAGUAAUGGGAUUGGAUAAAGAUAAAGAAGGUAAAGCAGAACUUGAAUUAUUACUUGGUGAUGAUGAGGAGGGUAAUGUGAAAGGUUAUAAUUUGAAAAGGAAAAGGAGUAAAAAAGAGAAAAGAGAAGGUAUUGGUAUUGAUGAGGAGAAGAGAUACCGGCUGUUGAUUACGAUGAUGAUAGGCGGUUUUCAUCUCUUUUUACCCGACCCGAUUACGCUUUGGACCCUACCGAUCCUCAAUUCAAAAGGUAUCUUUUCUACUUCUUAUUUCAUAUUUUUAUAUUUUGUGCUUUUUGCAAGACAUGGAAAUCAAUGCAACGUGCUUUCAGCCAUGUAUUUUGAAGGAUCUACUCAGUUAUUUAAAUACAAACCAAUUUUUCGUUGCUAUAAUACCAUGGAUUGAUUUUUUGAAAUGUAAUGUUCUAAUAAGAAUUAAAAACUUAAGUACAAUGCUGUAAUUGGAAGAAAUGAACUCUCUUAUUAAUAUAAGAACAAGAAUCAAAGCUUCACUGAUUUUACUGAUAAUACUCAAAGUAACUAAUGAUUUGCUAGAAUCUAGCCUCUCCUAAAAAGGUGUACUAAGACCAGAUUGGAAAUCAUAGCUUUCAAAUAAUAUGAGAGUCAAUGAUUUUAAGUGGGAAUCAGUAGAAAUUUCAACCCCAUUUCAACAAUUUUGGUUAUCCAAGUUGAUGGGCUUUGAUUAUGAAAUUCAUUACAAAAAUGUGGCUGCGGAUGCUUUAUCAAGGGUAAAAUUGGACAGUGACAUUUUCACAAUUCCACUCCACCAUUCCUUACUCCCCUUCUACUUCUAAUGCUCCUCAUGUUUGAAGAAGAUGACAUUUUCAGGGAUCAAUGGCUCGUAUAAGAUGAAAAAAAAUAACACUUCUGGAACCAACAUGUGAGCAAUGAAACACUAAGGAGUAUGUUUGUACAAGAAGAAGAAAGGAUAUGUUGUACGAGAAGAAAAGGAGAAAGAAAGAAGACUUGAUGAAAACGAUUUUAGGGUUUAAGAUUAUCUGAUGACAAUUGAUUGACGAGGAUAGGUUAUAAGCUUAUAACCGGUUACUCUCACAAAAUAAUAAGUAAUUGCAAAAAUUGUGGUCUUUUUGGGAAAAAAAAAAAAAAAACUAAAGUAUUGGUUUAAAACGAAAAAAAGGUAAAUGUAGGGUCUAUUUCGUAAAUAAUCAUAUUUGUUUAUUAUAUAGUAAGCAUGCGACUUUUAGUA